GCACUCCUCUUGUGCUAAAGCUGAGCCGCCUAGCUUCCUACAAAGAGCCGAAGUCACUGCUGCAAGAUGAAAUCUCCUUCUAGACUUUGAGGAGGAAGAGAAAGAUGGCUUGUAGUCAGCAGUGCUCUCUUAUGAAAUAACACUGCCACCUUGUGGGUCUGCUGGGGAUUCAGAGAGGAGGGAAAAAAAAACAGUCUCACAACACUGUCUUGUUGGAUGAGCAGGCACCUCUGGAAGAAUCAGCUGAGUGAGAUGGUGCAGCCCAGUGGUGGCCCAGCAGAGGACCAGGACAUGCUGGGUGAAGAAUCUUCUCUAGGGAAGCCUGCAAUGCUACAUCUCCCUUCAGAGCAGGGUAUUCCUGAGACUGUCCAGCGCUGUCUGGAAGAGAAUCAAGAGCUAAGAGAUGCUAUCCGGCAGAGCAAUCAGAUGCUGAGGGAACGCUGUGAGGAGCUGCUGCAUUUCCAGGUCAGCCAGCGGGAGGAGAAGGAGUUCCUUAUGUGCAAAUUCCAGGAAGCCAGGAAGCUGGUGGAGAGACUGAGCUUGGAGAAGCUUGAUCUGCGGAGGCAGAGGGAACAGGCCUUAAAGGAUUUGGAGCACCUGAAGAAAUGCCAACAGCAGAUGGCUGAGGAUAAGGCCUCUGUGAAAGCUCAGGUGACAUCAUUGCUGGGGGAACUCCAGGAGAGCCAGAGUCGUUUGGAGGCUGCCACCAAGGAACGGCAAACUUUAGAGGGAAGGAUACGAGCAGUUAAUGAGCAGGUCAGACAGCUGGAGAGUGAACGAGAGGUGCUGCAGCAGCAGCAUAGUGUCCAGGUGGACCAGCUGCGUAUGCAGAACCAGAGUGUGGAGGCUGCCUUGCGAAUGGAGCGACAGGCUGCUUCAGAGGAGAAGCGGAAGCUGGCUCAGUUGCAGGCAGCCUAUCACCAGCUCUUCCAAGACUACGACACCCACAUUAAGAGCAGCAAGGGCAUGCAGCUGGAAGAUCUGAGGCAACAGCUCCAGCAAGCUGAGGAGGCCCUGGUAGCCAAACAGGAAUUGAUUGAUAAGCUGAAAGAGGAGGCUGAGCAGCACAAGAUUGUGAUGGAGACUGUGCCAGUCUUGAAGGCCCAGGCGGAUAUCUACAAGGCUGACUUCCAAGCUGAGAGGCAUGCCCGGGAGAAGCUGGUGGAGAGGAAAGAGCUUUUGCAGGAGCAGUUGGAGCAGCUGCAGCGCGAGUUCAACAAGCUGAAAGUUGGCUGCCAUGAAUCAGCCAGGAUUGAGGAUAUGAGGAAGCGGCAUGUAGAGACUUCCCAGCCCCCUUUACUCCCUGCUCCAGCUCACCACUCCUUCCAUUUGGCCUUAUCCAACCAGCGGAGGAGCCCUCCUGAGGAACCACCUGACUUCUGUUGUCCCAAGUGCCAGUAUCAGGCUCCUGAUAUGGACACACUACAGAUUCAUGUCAUGGAGUGCAUAGAGUAGGAACAGCAGAUGCAAGGCCACCUUUAAUACUGUGUCCCAAUCUGUGCAACCCAUGCUUUCCUGUUUCACCUGCAUAGUCCACAGUUAAGGGCUUGAUGUCAAAGAGUGGGCCCCAGGACCUAGCAGGACCCUUGCUUUAACCCUUUGGUCCCCCAUUAGGGUAGACAGCCCCAUUCAGGGCUAUUUUUUUCUCUUUUAUUCUGUGUGCCUGAUCCACUUUGCUUUUGGUAGCUGCUUCUUCUUCUUUCUUCUCUCAUUUUCCUAGGGAGUCUAGAAUGGAGGCUAGGGGCUCUCAGGGAGCAUCCCUUCUCCAAGCAGGGCUGGGUGCAGGUUUUCCUCUCUCUAGCUGGUACUUUUCUUGCUGAUGAGCUGCAGACUCUCCUCCCAGGACAGGUGGCACUUGGGUCUAUAACAUGUGUUACCUCUGGUAGACAUGUGGAAAGUAGUCUUUCCUUUUGUUACUAUAAGUAAUGGUGCAAUGAAAGUACUUGUGCACUGAUCUGUGUGUACCUUUAGGACAGAUGCUUAGAUGUGUCAUUGGAUCCUUGCCAUGGAGGAGUGGGCAGACCUUUGGAUUUCUGCUAUUGGCUAGACAUACUGUUCUUUGUUUUUUUGAGACAGGGUUUCUCUGUGUAGCCCUGGCUGUCCUGGAACUCACUCUGUAGACCAGGCUAGCCUCAAACUCAGAAAUCCGUCUGCCUCUGCCUCCCAAGUGCUGGGAUUAAAGGCAUGCGCCACCACUGCCUGGCGCUGUUCUUUACUAAAGAGUUUAAGUGUCUUUUUCUGGGGUAUGUAGGCCCUUUUUAAUUCCUCUGAUGUAAUUUGGAUUUUCAUAAUUCCUACCCAUUUUUCUGUUGGGUCAUUGCAAUUGUUCUUGGGCUUUGGAAAGUUCUUUGAUUAUCAGUCAGAUUAGUUUUUUUUUAAAAUUUUUUUUUGGUUUUUUGAGACAGGGUUUCUCUGUGUAGCCCUGGCUGUCCUGGAACUCAGUCUGUAGACCAGGCUGGCCUCAAACUCAGAAAUCCGCCUGCCUCUGCCUCCCAAGUGUCGGGAUUAAAGGCGUGCGCCACCACUGCCCGGCCAGAUUAGUUUUGACUAUCACAGAAAGUGCACACCUUGUUCCACUUUGAUUGUGUUGCUGUUUUGGGGCCUAGAAGCUGUUAUAUACUUCUGCUUACCCAUUCUUUACUCCUAGUUUUUUUUUUUUUUUUUUUUUGGCUUUGGAAUUAUGGCUGCUUUGUCAACAGAAAGAUAUUUCACAUAUAUGCAUUUCUUUUUCUAGCCCCAGUGUGCUCUUGUUUUUGCCAGGCAUAUUGUUGCCUUCUGUGAAUGCAUAGUUUAUCACACUCCAGGAGUUUGUGAUCGCAUGUUCUCCACUAGCCAAAAUGUCUUAGGGAACCAUUUAUCAGUGACUGAAAGAUUAUAGAAAAGGGAACAGUUCACUUGUUUUGCAAGGUUCUAGACAUUUUCUGGAACCUUACAGUCAUUAAUAUUAGCCUUGCAGUUCUAGUAAAGGAAAGGAAGUUGUAGUUGAGAAAGCAAAUAUGCUUUGCUCAUUCCUCAGGUCUGAAAUCCUUCCUGCCCUUCUGUAAGCUUUCAUGGUUCUGAAUGGGAUCUGUGAAUUGAUCCCUGGGCUUUUAUUCACAUGGCUUCUUUCCCAUUAAGAGUGAGAAGGCUAAGGAGAAUUCAGAUUUUAAAAAAAGUAUUUAAAAAGUAAUCCUGAGCUGGGAGCUUCCUCAGAAUUUUCAAGUUUUCCAUUUCCUAAUUCCCAGGUAUCUAUCAGACAGAUCUUUGGAAAAAUAUUAAAGGAACAAACAAGUU